UGCGUAACCCUCAAAGAUCAGCAUUGAGGUUAAGUCACAAUUUUUUUUUUGUAGAUAUCAAAUGAAAAUUCCAAAUUUUUUCAAAAGCAUUUUUUUCGGUAUUCCCAUUGGAAUAACUAUUGUGGAUUCGGUGGGGUAUGUGGCUCGAGUUGAUGGCAUUUCCAUGCAGCCAGCUCUAAACCCUGACAGAAAUACCACAGACUAUGUGUUUUUGAACAAACUGGCUGUUAGGUCUUAUGAUGUUCAACGGGGUGAUAUCGUAUCCUUAACAUCCCCAAAGGAUCCUACUCAGAAAAUUAUUAAGAGAGUCGUAGGCAUACAAGGAGACGUUAUUAAAACUCUUGGAUAUAGGGAUCACGUUGUAAGAAUUCCGGAGGGUCACUUCUGGAUCGAAGGUGAUCAUACUGGUCAUUCUAUGGACUCAAACAAUUUUGGUCCAGUUUCAUUAGGUCUUUUGACUGGCAAAGCUUCUUGCAUAGUGUGGCCUCCUUCUAGGUGGCAAGUGAUAUCAAGCGCUCUACCUGCUUCCAGAGUUCCUUUAAAUAUUAAGCCUAUAAUAAGGGGAUUCUAACAAAUUGCUAAGUAA